CGGUUUGAUCAGGACUGUUCAGGGGCCCUCGGGGUGGCGGCAAGCAGCUUUUGCUCCCCUCCCGAUACAUUUCUGGGCCCGGUUGCAGCGGGCGUCAGCUGCUUGCCCAGCGUACCAGUCGCCCGGUGCCGGCGGCAUCACGUCCGAGCAGCAGCAUCAGCAGCAGCAGCAGCAAUGGCAACAACUGGAUCAUCUGAUAAGAUGCCUGAUCGACCUGAUCCAUUCGCACUGGCUGACGUCAUUCCCGGUAGACUUGCGUGGGCUGCAGACGGCCUUGGGAUCGACGCGAGCGACCCGCGCGCUUCCUACUUCCGCCUCGAGACCUGGAAAAUAGAUGUCCAGGCCUUCAACUGCGGAGCCUUUCGAGUCAUGCACUACGACAGGAAGGUCCUUGGCAACGCCUUCGGGCCCCUGUCCCUCGUCCAGGCGGUUGUCUUUUCAGAGGAGCUGGCUGUGGCCCUUGGGCGCAACAGCGCCGUCCUGGUGCGGCACAAGGCGACCACGGAGGACCAUGCCAACACCGCCGUCCUGCUCGGAUGCUACCUGAUCACCCGGGAGGGUUGGACGGUGCACGAGCUCGUACAGGCCCUGCCUGUAGAAGCUGGGAUCCGGUUCCCCUGCCAGUGGGACCGCACAUGCAGGAAGCAGGAGCCGGUGAUGACCGUUCAGGACUGCUGGGCGGGCGUCCAGCUGGCGAAGGAGUUGGGAUGGCUUCACUCUGGCCCGGCCGCCUCUGCCCACCUGCCGCUGUCGAUCAGCCAGCAGCUGCGCAUGCUUGCGGAGUACGACGCUGCUUGGAUGGUCCCAGACAGGGUGCUCGCGAUGGCGGACCCCAUGACCACGAUCAGGGACCCAAACCCGGCCACGUGCAGCCGCUUCUCCGGCAGACCUCACACCGAGGAGAGCCUCUGGGAUAUGGAGCCGCCCACGGCCCAGAGGCGGGACACCAGCCACCAGCGGCAGGUCACUCAGGAAACGUGCGACACCAGCGACCUGGAGUCGGACGCGCUAAGCACAGGAGAGUUGGUACCUCCGUGCGCUGGAUACGCACGGAAGGUCUCCGUCGAGAACGUCGAGUCCACUUCGACGGCACCCAACAUCGACGGACCACAGCAAAGGCUGCUAGUGUAUCCGGGUGAGCGCCCCGAGGACAGGACUUCCACGGACAGCGUCGCCAGCGUUUGCAAGCGCGACAACCGGGACGAGCAAAUAUCCACCAUGGCGCGGAGCGGUGUGGACAUUCCAGAUUUCGUGACAUUCUGUCGCAAGAACCGUAUCGCUACCGUCGUUCGCACGAACUCGGGUCAGGAGGAAGGCCUGGUCGAAGAUGGCGGCAGCUACCACCCCGCCGAACUGCGCCGCCAUGGCAUACGGCACGUGGAUCUGUUCGUAAACGACACCAGGGGCUCCUUGCCGCGUGUUGAUGUCAUUCAGCAAUUCUUAGACUGCGCGAAGCACAUGGGCCUCAUUGACAAGGAUGAUGCGCAGAGUGCAUCGGACGAGAGUCCUGUCCUGCUCGUCCACUGCAAGAGCGGCUUCGGCCGCAGUGUGCUCCUGGCGUGCUGCCUUAUGGUGUUCCAGUACGACGUCCCAGGCAGAGCCCUGCUGGGGUGGGCCCGUCUCGUCCGGCCCGGCGCCAUCACCGUGCGGGAGCAGGAGGUCUUCCUGUGCGACCUCGGCGGCAGAGAGGACCUGCAGAGGAUGCUCGACGAGGGGCGCUCCUCCAGCGAGGUGAGGUGCGACUCGUGGUGUGCGGUACAGUGA